AUGGAUGCCGAAGAUAUGACGUUUGAAAUGUAUGUCCGAGAUACUACCCCCGGUUUCGAUGUGGAAAUUGGCGAUGGCAUCUCCAGAAAUCGAUCUCUGAGGAUAUUGGGAUUGGAGCAAGCUGAGAUAAACGCACUACCGAGGCUUCUUCCCGAAAGUCUUAUCAUUCUAGAGCUGUCUGCAUUGCGCAUGCACACGUUUCCAAAUCUCUCAAACCUGACUAAUUUAAAGGGAUUGAAACUGAUCUUUGUCCCACGUGAUGGUGAGCCUGUGGAAGAAUAUGAGAUGCCACGGUGGAUUGGGAAAUUAAGCAAACUGGAGUCUCUUCUCCUGGCCUCUCCACAAGUGACCGCCUUACCCACAGAGAUUAGUCUCCUUCCUCGACUCCGAAACCUUUACCUCGAUGCCCCUAAUCUGCGUGACCUCCCGAGCCUUCCCUCUAGUUUAUUAUCCUUGGUUUUGAUCUCUGAUCACUUGCCCACCUUACCCACGGAUUGUAGGAGUCUCCUUCCUCGACUCCGAAGUCUUUACAUCCGGUGCCCUAAGCUGGGUUGCCUCCCGAGCCUUCCCUCCAGUUUAUUAUCCUUGGAUUUGCAAGGUUGCAGGUCAUGUUGCUCCACGGGGGAUAUAUCGAAUUUGAAGGAGCUAUCAACUCUUAAGAUUCGUGACUGUGCAAUCUCAGAGAUUCGAGGGCUUGACGGUUUGCAGAACCUAGGCGAAUUGUGGCUUGUGGGACUUCCACUGGUGGAGAUAUUUUUCGAUCUAAGUAAUUCCAACAAACUAAGGCAGAUUGGCGUAGCCCAUUGUAGUGAUCUGGUUGAAAUCCAAGGCAAACUACCACCGACUUUGUUCUUUUUGGGCCUUCAUUCCUGUGGAUCUUUACGGAAUUUGCCAGAUCUGUCAAACUUGAAGAGAGAUGUAGUUAGAAUAGAGGGUUGCGGGAAAUUAGUUGUGGAUGAAAUUCUUCGCUCAACUCGAAGAAGUUAGUCAGAUUGUAGGAGACCGAUACGGAUUAGAGGGAGAAGACAAAUCUGAAGAGCAAAUUGAACAUGGAUCCGAGGGAGAACCGACGAAUCUGAAUGCGAAAUUGAACAUGGAUCCGAAGGAGAAGAUGACGAAUCUGAAAGCGAAAUUGAACAUGGAUCCGAGGAUGAAGACGACGGAUCUGAAUGCGAAACUGAUGGAUGAGUGCACGUUGCUCUUGAAAGCUUCUUGAUCCCCGACCACAAAUCGUUCCCUUAACUUCAAACAAAUUGAGGGAGCUGUGGCUAAUUGGGCAGCUGUACAAAUGAAGACCAAAU